ACAGAUGAUCAGGUUACACUUGUUCGCCAUCCCUUAGUAACAGCGUUGUGGCUUUGUGACAGGCGGAGGAAAUGGCUUUAGUAUGAAUGUUUAAUGCGUUGAGCAUGCUGUAGUCUCUCCGUCUUUACUCACACGUCAGAACACUUCCCCUGCAGAGAUAUGAGCUGGUCUUUUCUUCGAGACAUACUAAGUGGUGUUAACAAAUAUUCAACAAGUAUUGGAAGAGUCUGGUUGUCAGUGGUCUUUAUAUUCCGACUCCUAGUGUAUGUUGUUGCUGCAGAAAACGUUUGGAAAGAUGAACAGAAGGAGUUUGAGUGCAACAUCAAACAACCCGGGUGUGAAAAUGUCUGCUUUGACCACUUCUUUCCUAUUUCUCAAAUUCGCCUUUGGGCUCUACAGCUGAUAAUGGUGUCUACACCUUCUCUCCUUGUGGUACUCCAUGUAGCCUAUCGUGAAAGUCGAGAGAAGAGACACAACAAAAAACUGUACAAGAACACAGGAAGCAUGGAUGGUGGCCUGUUUUGUACAUAUGUUGUUAGCCUCCUAUUCAAAACGGUGUUUGAGUUUGGUUUCCUGCUGCUCUUUUACAAAUUAUAUGGUGGGUUCAGUGUACCACGACUAGUGAAGUGCGACAUUGAUCCUUGCCCAAACCUUGUAGAUUGCUAUAUCUCUAAGCCUACAGAGAAGAGGAUUUUCCUGUACUUUGUAGUAAUUACAUCAGGACUCUGUAUUGUACUCAACCUCAGUGAGCUGCUGUACCUCAUCUUCAAAGCAGUUUCUAAAUGUUGUCUAAAACAGUAUGCUGAUAAACUGAGCUCAAGCCAGUGUGGCUGUGAAAACCAACACCGGAGCAUGGACCAGGAUAUUAUCUUAGAACAAUUCACCAACAAUUCUAUUGAACACACUGCAAACUCAUAAACAGAUUGUCUACAUGAACUUUUUUUUAAUAUAUGGCACUAGUACUAUAAGAUAUAUAUAUGUGUAUAUAUAUAUAAUGUUGUCAGGAUCAAACAUUAUAAGUUAUAUGAUCUGAUCCUUUCUGAAUAAUUAUUACAUUUCCCAUUUUUGUACUGUAAUAAAUAUCUACAAUAGAAUUGGUUUACAUGAAUCCUCA